CAAUUAAUUAUAGUCAUACCAUUAGUUGUGAUUUCUCUGUCCAAUCGAUGUGUCUUCUUUGUUUUCUUCAAUACCCCAUUACUUGUGCCAACUAAUCUUUAAUUACCCUUUAAACAUUUGCUUCAGUUUUCAUCUUUUUGGUGUUUUUGUUCUUUUCAAAUUUUGGUUUUCUAAUGGCAUAAAUCUAAAGUGAAGUCUCAAUUAUUCGACUUAUUCAGUUUUUAUUUUACUAAAAACAAUUAUGGAAACAAAAAGCUAAAUCAUUUUAAGAAAAAAUUUUAUGGGUUGUUGUCUGAACUUUUUGAUUAUGCCCUUUCUCUCUCUUUUAAGGUAAUUUUGUUGUCUUGAUGAUUGGAUUUAUGAUUUGGUAGCUUCCAAAAGUACCAGAAACAGUAGGGCGCCCAUUACUGUGAAAAGGUGAAGUGAUAAAAGGAAUAUAGGAGAAAAUUUUGUUUGGGGGGGCGGGGGGUGGAGAGAGAGAGAUUAGACUGGUCUCUUUGCUAUGAAACACAAUCACAUGCCCAUCCAUGUUUUUCCAUGUUUACUGCUUGCAUUUUUUCAAGCCUUCUUUUUUAUCUCCCUUGUGAAUAUCUUACUCUUAAUCAUUGUAAGUGGGAUAAAAUGAAUUCAUGGUAAUGCUAAUGGCAGGCCAUAGCGUGCUCAGUUUGUGUUCUAGACUUCUAGUGUGGUAGCUCUGGUGAUUUAGCUCUUCUGUUGAGUGUUAAUGGGCGAAUCAAUAAUGGCUGCCUCAAGUGAUGAAGAUAAGAUGGGGGAGACAGCUGCUUCAGAUCGUGCCCUUGAAGUGUCGGUUUCAUUUGGUAGAUUUGAGAAUGAUUCAUUGUCUUGGGAGAAAUGGUCAUCUUUCUCACAGAAUAAGUACAUGGAGGAAGUUGAGAAGUGUGCCACACCUGGAUCUGUAGCUAAGAAAAAGGCUUACUUUGAAGCCCAUUACAAAAAGAUUGCUGCCAGAAAGGCUGAGCAGCUGGGUCAGGAGAAGCAAAUGGAACAUGACUUGCUAGGGUCAAAUGAUCAAAAUGGUGGAGAUCCCAUUGGAAAAGCUUGUGGGACAGAUCCUGAAUCUCAUAUACCCAAUGGCCAAAGCCAAACUUCUGCUGAAGGGACUGGGCAAGAAACCAAAUUGGAUAGUUUGUUGGGUUCUGGCCAUGUUGGUGAGGUUGAUGAAGAUGCUGCAAUCAAUGUGGAAGGUCAAGGCUCAUUGAUUGAAAGAGUGGAAGAACUGGGUAUCAGACUAGAUGGUCCCACACUAGACAAGCCAGAAGAAGUUGCUUUAGUUAAAGAAGAUGAGACAUUGUACACAGCGUCUCAGGAAAUAAAGGACUCGCCAGAGAAGUUGGACAAAGAGACACAAAGGAUUCCUGUAAUUAAAGAGGAAAAUGUGAAGUUAGAUCAUUGGAAGGAGUAUCAAAAGACUUCUGCAAUGAGUAAGAUUAGAGACGUGACAAGGAUAAAGAAAAAACCAGCAUCACCUGUAUCUAAAUCACCCCAGAUUUCCACCUCAAAGGUCCCAAAGACAAUGCCAACUUCUAGCACAUUGUCCACAUCACGGCCUUCAACAAAGAAAAUAACUGGUUCAUGCUUAGCAAAGAGUAAAAAUCCUUCCAUGGGAGAAAGCAAGAAAGUGGCUCCUAAAUCUUUGCACUUGUCUCUUAGUUUGGAUUCUCCAAAUUCUGAUCCAGCUGCUCUUGCAUCAGCUCCUAUGACAACUACUCGAAAAUCAUUUAUUAUGGAGAAAAUGAAGGAUAAGGACAUUGUCAAACGAGCAUUCAAGACAUUCCAAAACAAUUUCAGCCAGUUGAAGGCUUCUGCUGAAGAGAGAUCUUUGGGAGCAAAGCAGGUGCUCGCAAAGGGGACAGAAGUUAAGGUUUCCAAUUCUAUGACUCCACGAAAAGAGAAUGCAGGGUCUUUCAAAGCAGCUAAUAUGGAUAAAAAAACUGCUAAGGCAGCCCCAUCUUCUUUUGGCUUGAAAAGUGAUGAAAGGGCAGAGAAAAGGAAAGAGUUUUCUAAGAAACUGGAAGAGAAAUCAAAAGCAAAAGAGGCUGAGAGUACAUGCCUCCAAACAAAAUCAAAGGAAAAAGAGGUGGAGACUAGAAAGCUAAGACAGAGCCUUAAUUUCAAAGCCACACCCAUGCCAGGUUUUUAUCGGGGACAAAAAUUGUCAAAAAGCCCUUUAGAUAAGUGAUCUAUGAUGGUAUAUGCAGGAGGGUUCCAAGACACUUGGGAUAUAGAAGCAUUCAUCAUCUACCGAGAAUAGAAGAUUAAGUGAACAGCAGUUGGCGUACCACCUGCUUUGGUCUGCUACUGCUUCGGAAGCUGCAUAUAUGGGCAAGGAUGGAAGAACUGUUAUUCCUGUUAGAAUAGUCUCAUCAGGCAAACAGAGAAAUACCACUGAUUAGUCACCAUCUGUAUACUGAGUUGCUGAAAAAAAUAAAAGAAAAGACAUAUCACAGAGCAUGUUGUCUAGAUAGGCAUGUUAAUAAUGUGUCAGGACAGAGUUUGAGAUGAUUUCUAUCGUUUCUGCCUCUCCUGGUACAUGUUCCGGAGAAAUUUGUCAUGCAAGAAUAGAAAUGUAUGAACCUUGUAAUUGUUGGAAACAUUUAUUUUCAAGGGCAUUAAUGUUUGAUGGUUUUGUAAA